UAUAAAUGAUAGAAGAGAAGUACAAAUUUAUUGAGUCGAUUGACUACGGCGAGACUGGACCACAUAAAACUUAUGUGUAUAAAGCUCAAGAUUACGAAACUGGCAAGAUAUACGCAAUUAAAGAGUACACAUCAGAGAGGUUUCAGGACUGGGCACAAGUCAUGAAGUUACCAGAGGUCUUUGUAGCAAGGAAAUUGAGCCAUGAAAAUAUUGUGACUCUGAAGGACGUCAUUCUCGAAGAGAACCAGAAAGCAAAGAUAGGCAUUCAGGCUUCAAAGCUGAAUCUGGUGUUUGAGUACAUGGACUUCAAUGUACAGAAAAUGAUUGAUAGGAAAUCAACAGAUGUAGGCGCUGAAGCUAGAGUCAAAGGAAUUAUCUAUGAUGCUCUGAAGGGACUGAAGGCCCUCCACGAUCAUGGAUUUGCUCAUUGUAAUCUCAAACCUGCUCAUUUGUUCAUACAUGAAGAGAAAGGAAAGACGUUAAUCGGAGAUUUAUCCACUUGUGUAGAUAAAUAUUCGAAGAAUAAACCAACUAAUGUAGGAACAAACUUCUUUAAAGCACCUGAAGUUCUUCUUGGAAGUACUACUUAUGAUGAGAAAUGAGAUAUUUUCUCUCUUGGGCUUAUCUUUUGCUACUUGAUGGCCAACAAACCUCUUAUUAGUGGUCUAGAUAAUCCUUCGCAAUUGAAUCAGAUGUGUGCUUUACUGGGAACUCCAAAGGAGUCAAUGUGGCCUGAAGCAUAUGACUUAUCUCUAGAAAUGGACUAUCGGUUCCCAAUUCAAUACCAGAAAUCAACAGAUACAACCUUGGAUCCAUCUCCUAUCUCUACAUCUCUGAAGAACUGUUCUCCAGAAGCCAUAGACUUGAUCUACAAGAUGUUGAUGAUGCAUCCCAAAUACAGAUUCUCUGCUGAAGAAUGUCUGAAGCACCCAUUCUUCGAAAACAUGGUGAUUAAUGAGAAGGAUGAGAAAGAAAUAAGCCCUACGUACUUUAUGAACAAGGACUUUUACCAUCCAGAUCAUGACCCUAGAGCCUUUUACAGACAGAAGAUCAAAGAGUACAAGGCUGAUACUGGGAGGAUCUAUAAGCACUUUAUUCGUGAGGAGACUAAGACACCAGAUAAACCUUUUAAGCCAAAAUUUCCUAAAUAUCAUAACAAAUAUUCAAUGUUGGAUGCUGAAUUUGCACCAGUGGAGAAGAAGCCACUGACUACGUAUAAAAGCGUGAAGGAUCUCCCGAAGCAUUUCUCAGAUCACCGAAUUCUUCGUAUGCUGAAGGUAGGGCAGAAUGCUAUCUUUGGUACUGAGAUUGCUGAUAUGGAUAAGAUCAAACAUGAUCUGGAGGAGCGAGAUUACCUCAAAAGGCCUUAUAAGGAUCAUACAAGGCACACUAGAGGAGGCCCUCAAAUCAAAAAUAUGGGCAAAGGCCCAAAUUAUUUUGUGUCAGGGGUGCUAAACGAUGAUGACAAAUAUCUCAAGAAUGGCUAUGGCAACCGAAGGAUGUUCUAAACAUAUAUAUUCCCUACAAUUUUGAUAUCAGAGAUAGCUCCACUA